AAGACCCAAACAAACGUCACUUCCGGUGCUUGACGCUAAUGUUUGACUGUGGAGAUGCUAAGCGAAGCUAACACGACUAGCACUAUUUAACGAGACCCAAUAAGAGAACAAGCUUACGAAAUAUUUAAAUAGUGUCAACCGGGUUUAAAAAAGGAGUAAAAAUGCUCAUUAAAUGUAAAAUAUACCAGCUUGUCUGCGAGCUGUCUCGUGACUACAACGAGCAACGGUUCCUGGUUGCUAACGUUACUACUCAGUGACGUCACGUUUAGCGUUGAAUGACCACAGCUUCCAUCAUCGCUCCAGCAUCAUCAUGCCUCUCUGGUUCCUGGAGCGGUUCCCAUGGCCCAGUUUACAGACGUACACGCUGCUGAGUGCUGCCCUGCUGGCCGGGACCGUCCUGACCGCCUGCUCCUCCCAGUCCAGCCCGGAGGAGACCCACAGCCAGCCGGUCCACAGCUCCAGGAUCAGCCGCUACAUCAGGGAUGGAGGACAGUAUCUGAGUGCAGGGUGUGGAGAUGUGGCUGCAGAUGUUCUGCUGCACCUGCUGACUGACAGUGUCUUUGUUUGGGUGAUGGUGAACACAGCCUGCUGUGUCUUGCUGCUGAUCGCCAAACUCAUCCAGUUUGUCGUGUUCGGUCCACUUCGUGUCAGUGAAAAACAGCACUUGAAGGACAAGUUCUGGAACUUCAUCUUCUACAAGUUCAUCUUUGUGUUCGGCGUCCUGAACGUCCAGACGGUGGACGAGGUGGUGAUGUGGUGGCUAUGGUUCGCCGUCCUGGUCUUCCUCCAUCUCCUGGUUCAGCUCUGCAAGGACCGCUUUGAAUAUCUGUCCUUCUCUCCGACCACUCCUCUGUCCAGCCAUGCGCGGGUGCUGCUGCUGUUGGUGAUGCUGCUGUUGUGUUGCGGUGGUCUGGCUACUCUCUGCAGCCAGCUGGCUCGCAGUCAAGGACGCCAUAACGCCGCAUUCAUGGCUGCUGAGUGUAUGUUGGUGACUGUCAGGACCGCACACGUCGUGUUUCGGUACUCCCUCCAUCCGUGGGACGUGAACCAGGAGGGCAGCAGGGAGAAUAAAUCCUCCUACGUUUACUACACCGACCUGCUGAUGGAGCUGCUGCUGCUGGGCCUCGACCUGCUGCAUCACAUCCACAUGCUGUUCUUCAGUAACAUCUGGUUGUCGAUGGCGAGUCUGGUGAUCGUCAUGCAGCUUCGGUUCCUCGUUCAGGAGGUUCAGAAGAGAAUCCGCCGCCACCGCAACUACCUACGAGUCCUCCGCAACAUGGAGACCCGGCUUCCUGUGGCGUCUGCAGAUGAACUGUUAGCCAAUAACGACGACUGUGCGAUCUGCUGGGAUGUGAUGAGUACAGCUCGGAAACUUCCCUGCGGUCACCUCUUCCACAGCACGUGUCUGCGCUCCUGGCUCGAACAGGACACAUCCUGUCCGACGUGUCGGAUGUCCCUGGACAUCGGCGAAGGAGGUGACGGACACGUUGAGCGGGAGACCAGGGAGGCCGCUGCCGACAACAUGGCUGCCGCUCCUGGAGUCGACGCUCGGCCGAACCUCAACCACUUCUUCCACUUUGAUGGCUCUCGUAUUGCCAGCUGGUUGCCCAGUUUCUCAGUGGAAGUUAUGGCCACAACCAACUUUUUGGGAAUCGCACCAACCAACCCGUCGCAGAUCAACAACACGGCUCAGCAGAUCCAGGAGAUGUUUCCUCAGGUUCCCCUCCAGCUGAUCCUGCAGGACCUGGAGAUCACUCGAUCCCCCGAGGUCACCACCGACAACAUCCUGGAGGGACGAGUCCAGACCGCUACGCCGCCACUGGUCUUCGAGCACCUGGUCAUACAGGUGACUCCUCCACCUGAGGACGAGGCCGGAGCCAGCAGCGCGUCAGAGCAAGACGAGGAAGGUGAUGAUGAGGAGGAGAAGAUGGACGAAGAUACAGAGAUUCGGUUUUCUACGUCAGCGGAGCAGCGACAGACGUUUCUGCUGCAGCGGAAGGAGGAGCUGCUGCAGCGAGCGCGCAAGAACUAUCUGACCAGGAACUCCAACUCAGGAAACCCCGACUCCUCAGACAGCGAUGCCUUGACCUUCGACUCUGUGACCCUGCGACGAGAAACAUUAGCGUCAGCAGCAGAACGCCGUCUGCAGAGACAGUCCGACUCCGCCCUUUGAGCGCAGACGUCUAUGUCGUUUUACUGGUGAGGAGUGUUUUUACUGUCUGUAUCAGAAUUAACAAACUACUGGUCCUACUGGUCCGAGUCCACCUCUGCUAAUGAUAAUGCUAAGAGAUAAAUACAAUCUCAUUAAAUUUAAAUGACAAUUUAGGAACCUUUAAUGCAUGUUUUAUACUUCUGGUGAAUAUAAUCCGAUCAAUCUCAUUUCCAUAUAUGUAUUUUGUAUAUAGAGUUCCCUCUGU